AAUAGUGGUGCCUGGACAACUGCUGGUACGCUGCCUUAUUCUGGUGGUGCUCGCCCACUAGUACCUUUUUGGCAUGGAUCCAGACUUCUCCGUAUCCUCCGCUAUGGACCAAACGUCAGACCAAGACCCUGAAAACGAGCAGAAGAUGUCGGAGUGGAUGCCCAGCGGACGUGGCCUGGUCUCUGGUCUGUUUGGGCUGAAUGUGGUGCUGCUAGGGGGCGCUCUUUUGGCUGGGCGAGCAUUGACUAACCAGAAUGUUUUGCUUUGGGAGCCUGAGAUGAUGUUGUUGCUUCUGAUGGCGCUCAGUGUAGUCUGGAUCCUCUGGUUUAUUCUGUGGGAAUCCAAAAGGCCAGGGUCCAGACCUCAUCAGGACCACCACGCCGGAGGAAUCACUGUUUUGUUGGUGCUCCUGCUGUUCGCGGGGUUCACCGUGCUCCUGUGUGUGUUCAGAGUGGGCCUCAUCAUCUCCUUGAGACCCUGUAAAUCCCUGAGCCAGGUGGCCUCUCCUCUGCUGGAAAUCAUCUUCCUCUGUCUGCAGACAUAUUUACUGUGGGCCCAUUCGAAGGACUGCAUUCACAUCCGCAAAGUGAUUACAAGAGCAGGUCUGAUGGUGAUCCUGUGCACGGACCUGUUGCUGUGGCUCAAUGCUGUAACUGACGACACGAUUCACCAGGAGAUUGAGCUGCAGAAAGAGGACGGACUCACCCCAGACAACUACACUCUCCGUUUGGAUAUUUUUGGCAUUGAUUCGUCGAACUCCUCUGCUUGCCUGUGCAGCUCGACCCCAGCCUGUCUCAUUUUCCAGAAGGGCUUUGAGGUCUUGUACCCUUUCUCCAUGGAAUACUACCUCAUGUCCGGGUGCAUGAUUUACGUUAUGUGGAAAAACGUUGCACGAACUUUACCCACGCAUCACCAUGCCGACAACAAACUCACCGUCAAAAUCGUAUACAGCGGAGGGAUCAUUUACGGACUCAUAUUUGGAGGUUUAGUCCUGAUUGCUGGAAUAUUGGUUUUCAUUUUGUACCAAGUUUGGGUGGGACAAUCAGCACAUAAGCUUACAGCAUUUUUGUUAUUCUACAGUUAUCAUUUAACAGUUAUGCCGGUCAUGUCUUUUUGCUCAUUGCUGGGUUUGUUAGUCCAUCGUUUUGAGAAAAGGAUCCAUGACGGAGGACACAACCCAACUCGGAGUUUGGAUGUUUUGCUGCUCAUUAUUACUGCUUUGGGACAACUCGCUCUGUCCUAUUUUUCUUUGGUGGCUGCAAUCGCAAUCGGAACGCAGGGAAUUCUGGGAGAUCUGGACCUGUCCUACUCGGUGUUGAGUCUGCUGGAGCUGGUGAUGCAGAAUACAUUUAUUAUCGAGGGGCUCCACAGACACCCGAGUAUCAAGGCCAAGAAGAAGCCGAGGAGUACGAUGUUUAAGCUAAAGAAGAAAUCCAGUGAAUCAGAGGAGAGAAAAGCAGGCCUCACACUGUUGGAUCAAAACACAACAGCGCCACCUGCUGACCCUGAGGAAGAAAGCAAAAAGACUUGGUCCAAAACAAUAAUACAAGAAAUCUGUGCCUUCCUCGUUCUCUCCAACAUCAUGUUGUGGAUUAUCCCUGCGUUUGGAGUCCACCCUCAGUUUGAGAAUGGUUUGGGGAAGCAGUUUUUCGGGUUCAGUAGUUGGUUUGUUCUGGUGAAUGUGGGCCAGCCGCUCUCAGUCUUCUACAGGAUGCACUCAGUCUCUGCGCUGAUGGAGCUGCUCAUCACCGCAAAGUAAACAAAAACAGGAACUGGACUCCCCCAAAUAUUUACAAUAGCAUUUGAUGUGUGGUCCUUUAGUGGUUUAGUGGUUUAAUCGGUUGAUACCAUACUAGUAGACUGUAAAUAUAUGGGCAUAGCG